UAUCAGAAAUACAGGAAUAUGUUUUAAAGAAGAGAUGAUAGAAGUGUGUGGGUAGAUAAGUCACUUGAAUAAGAUUCACUGACUUGGAAUUUACGAGUAAUAAAAUGGCGGACGGUAUCAGUAACAGAGGUUCUCAAUUUGAAACCAAUAAAACAGAAUUACCACUUGGAAUAGAUCUAAAGAUGGAUUUUGGCGAAAAGAGUAAAGUUAUGGAGGUGUUGAACAGAGCCUUUGCUGGUUCCGUUGUCGAUAAACACGUGGCAUCCGCAGCUAUUAGGGAAUUUGAAGGUUUAUUGGACGAUUUAUAUAAUCAACCUCCGAGAUGGGAGGUAGUGACCAUGAGAAGAGAAGAAGUGGAAAACAUGAGAGAGAUAAUUAAAUACCAGGAACAGAAGAUUCGUGAUAUAACAGAACGGGUGAACCAAAUGAGUAGAGGAGAAACACCAAAAGAACCAUUGCCAACAGAGAAAGAAAAACUGGACAUAAAAAGAAGGUUCGAUUUGGCAGAUAGCUUUAACUCGAUAUUUGAGAAUGAGUGGAAAGCUGCAUACUCUGAACUACUAACAUAUAUGAGAUGGAGAGAUCCUGAGUGCAUCUAUUCGCUCAUGAGGAUAAUACGUAAUGCGUGUGAUGUAUGUAUAACUCUGGCCGAGGAUCAGAUGGACAGGAUUGUGUUAAAUAUGGAGGACAGUGUUAUAAACCCACUAAAUACAAACGCUGUUAAUUUGAAAAAGUUAUUUCAGGAGCAUAUGGGCGUAUACUCGGAUGGCAUGAAGGUGGCCGAAAAACAUGCCAUAGACUACCGAAUUGAAAGAGCAGAGGCGUCUGUACCAGCAGUAAUUGAACUGUUUAUGGAUUCGAAGUUGAGGUCACUAAUCGACCCAAGUCAGCUACGACGUGACGUACGAAAGUAUAUAGAGAAGGUUGUUAGACUGAUUUGGUUAAUGACAACAUUAGACCCACCAAUGAGGCUUUAUUGGCAACAACAAACGGAAAGAGUUAAUCCGGAUUUCUUCGACAUUUAUGAUAGGAAAGGAGAUUUUGUGAACCAGACUGUUUGGCCAGCGGUGUUUAUGCACAAUACUGGCAAGAUAAUUUACAAAGGUCGAAUUCUCGCUAUGUAAUCCGAUCUAGUACUGAAAGACAAUGAAAUCGCUGAAUAUAUCUAAACUGUAAUUGUAUUAUAUCAUGGUCAUUUGAUAGACAACUUAGUAGAUUUUAAAUUUCGUAUUGGGUAAACGAUUGAUUGGUCUAUUGACUUACUUACUAGAUUUGCAAUAUGGUGUGAAUGUCGUUGGUUGAACAUGAGAACAAUUGCAUGCAGUACCUCUCACAAAGCCAAAAGAAUGACAGCAUACAUGUCACGGUACAUUUGAAUCACCCUCCUAAUUCUCAAAACUUUGAGAACGUAUGAGCUUGUAGAGACGUUCAUAAUAUUUUGAAGUUGUUUUACCAGCAGCAACACCAAAGAAAACGUUACCUUCAUAGAAAAGCUAUCUUUAUUCAUAAGCUAUAUUUCUGUCUGAUUUUUUAAGCAAAAGUUGCAUUGAAUGAGUCCUUUUGCAAUGCGCCUGUAUGGUUGAUACUUUCCUAUAUGAAGAAGUAACUAUUCAUGUUAUGUGUAUUGGCACAAGGGCUUUAUUAAUUUUAAUAAUAUUUUAUUUUUAUUGUUUGCGUCCAUGCAUAUAAACAACAUCAACAACAACAUCCACAACAACAAGUAUAUAUUUUAUUGUUUUGACCAGUUACAUAUUAUCAUCACACAUAUUUCAUUGACAUACAUGUAUACGUAAAAGUAGAAGUAUGGGAAUAUUAAAAAUCACCAAAAUGAAAAACAACGCAACAAACAAACAAAAACACCAGAAAUACUAGUAUUACCGCUCCAUUGGUAUUAAAAUGAGGUUAAAAUAGUAUAUAAACUAUAUACAUGUAUCAGUUCUUUCCGUCAUAUGUUACAUACAUAAUUGCAAUAUUAGCAAUGAUUUCAAUCAGUCCGAUCAUCAAUUAAGUUGUAUACAUUAAGUGUUUACAAUUAAUUGUUUUAAUUAUACAAGAAUAUAUCGAAAUGCAAACACGAAACUAUAUUUGUCAAAAAUAUGUUACAAAACUUCUACUUCAAUAAACCAGAGUUUUAUGCGAGGCAAAAAGCUUCAUAGAAGAAGACGUUUUACAGUGUAUGAUUGUUGGCAGACUGCAUUAAUUCAACAAACUUAUGAACCCUUCGACUACUGUAAGAUGUGACUUGAUGAAUGUUUCCUAAAAUGUAAAUAAAUUGGACAUAUUAAAACAAAAUGGUAUUUGUCAUCAC